AUGGCAUCGAAAGAAGAACUUCCCUCCAAGGUCGGCUACGUGCGACUCGGCAAUUCGGGCCUCAAGGUGUCCAAGGUGAGCAUCAACGUCCUACGCGAUGUGGAGGUGUGGAGGUGUGUCACUUAUAUAAGCAGCUGACAGCAUGCGCCUGAUUCCGGCGCUCUGUGGACUUGGCCUUCGUAGAUCAUCCUCGGCUGCAUGUCGUGUAAGUAGGAGCAAGUGCGAUGCGAAUGAUCAAGCACUGAGCUUACUCAAGCAUUCCAUCACUAUCAGACGGCAACAAAGAUUGGGCCGGAUGGGUCUUGGACGAGCAAGAGUCGCUGCCCCACUUCAAGGCCGCUUUCGAUCUCGGCAUCAACACGUGGGAGUGAGUUCGCGCUGCACAUCCAAGAAUGAGCUCCCUGGCAAUGAGGAUCUCGAUGCUGACCUUUCUAUCCUUUCCACCAUCAUUUACGCAGCACGGCCAAUGUCGUAAGUGCAACUUAUUCGUUCGGCUGAGUGGGCCUUUGGAAAAGUUUGAUCCGACUGACCCUGUCUUUCUCGAACGGGCGAUGGGACGAACCUAACAGUACUCAAAUGGUGACUCGGAGAGGAUCGUGGGCAAGGCACUGAAGGUGCACAACAUCCCUCGCCAAGACGUCGUUCUCUUAACCAAGGCCAGUCGGUCCCCCAAAAUUAACUGAAUAGAUCGCCUCGCCUGGCUAUCACAGCUAUAAGUGGCUUUCAGAGUCACGAUUCAAAGCUGAAUCGACCCUUUCCGCUCAUGUCAGGUCUUCAUGACGGUCGCCAAAGACCCCAAAGCACACCCGUCCAAGCUGACCGACCCGGACAGCCAGGGCUACGUCAACCAACACGGUCUCUCGCGCGUUCACAUCUUCAACUCGGUCGAUGCCUCGCUCGAGAGGAUGGGUGUCGACUAUAUCGAUCUUUUGCAAUGUCAUCGAUUCGAUUACGAGACUCCUAUCGAGGAAACGAUGGAUGCUCUUCAUGACGUGAGUUAAUAUCCCGAUUGGGUGUCUGCUAGUGUCCCCGACAGCUUACGAUAUAGUUACUCCCGAUUUCCCACUCAUAUUGUCAAAUCAGGCAAAGUGCGCUACAUCGGCAUGAGUUCGUGCUACGCGUAUCAGUUCCACAAGAUGCAGGCCUACGCCAGUUCCAAAAACCAGACCCAGUUCGUGUCGAUGCAGGACUUCUACAAGGGCCAUCUACCGCCAUGAAGAGACGGAGAUGUUCCCGACCUGCAAACUCGUCAGUUUUGAUAAUUGGCGUCAAAGCCAGAAUUACGAGAAGGUUGCUGAUGUUCCUUUCAUAUACCCUGUACUCAGUUCGGCGUCGGCGUCAUCCCUUGGUCCCCUUUGGCGCGUGGCUACCUCACUCGCCCUUGGAAAGACCAAACCACCACCCGUACCGAAACCGACGCCAACUUCGGUAAAUUCGUCGGCCUCAACAACGAGCGCGAGCAAGCCGCUCUCCGCGCCAUCAAUGAAACGAUCCAAGCCAUCGCACAAGAAAGAGGUUAUUCGAUGGCUCAAAUCGCCCUUGCUUAUGUCGCGGGGAAUGAACAUGUGACUGCGCCGAUUGUGGGCUCGACCAAGUUGGAAAGUUUGGAGGAACUGGCCAAGGCGACGCAUAUCGUUCUGACGGAAGAGGAGAGGAAGGGGAUUGAGGAACAUUAUGUCCCGAGGGGGGUGUUGGGGCAUGCCUAG